AUGAACAUACGCUCGCCGCGGCUUUGGCCGCUGCUUUUCCUCGUUCUUUUGAUCGUCGCUCUCGUUUCGGCCCAGGAAGAAAAUGCCGCUCACGCUCACGAUGGCCACCAACACCAGCAGGUGCUCGCAGACCAAAGCUGGCACAAGGAAGCUCAGGGCCAUCCCGAGAGAGGCGCAUCCGAGUUCCAGCAAGCCGCCGCUCUCCUUCGCAAGAUCCGCCCCUCGAGCAGCCGUCUGACCACCUUGACGAAGCCCACCAGCCUGCUGGGCUCAACCGUCUACUACGCGAAAGAGCUCUUCUUCCUCCUGUUCAUGAACGGCCCGCCCCAGCGCGAGAUUCUGUCCACCGAUGACCAGCCCAAGAAGCUGAGCCAGCCCUUGGCCGAUGCCACCGCGUUGUUGGAAGCCGCUGCCGCCGAGAAGAACCCCGACGCCAUAUUCCUCCUCGCUGAGAUGAACUUCUAUGGAAAUUACACACACCCGCGCGAUUAUUCCGAGGCCUUUCGAAGAUACCAGGAGCUGGCCAACCUCAAUGGAAAUGCAACUGCUCAACACAUGCUCGGCCUGAUGUACUCUACAGGUGUCGGCGGGGCUGUAGAGAAGGAUCAGGCGAAGGCCAUGCUGUACCACACGUUUGCGGCUGAAGGUGGAAAUAUCAGGUCGCAAAUGACAAUUGCUUAUCGCCAUCAUACCGGAAUCGCCACCCCACGGGACUGCGAGGAGGCUGUGUACUGGUACAAGAAGGUCGCCGACAGGGCUGUGGAAUACAUGCGGUCGGGUCCGCCUGGGGGGCAUAUCAUGAUCAAGGAAGCCUACCGUAUUGCCGACGAUGUUGGUGGAGUCUACGGAGAGGGUGCCAGCGUGAGCAGCUCCGGACCGAACGCGAAAAUCGGGGGCGCAGCUUCAGACACCCACGCAUCAUUUGAUGAUGUACUGGAGUACCUGGAUCUGAUGUCCAGAAAGGGUGACCACAAAGCAACCUUUAGCCUUGGAAAGCUCCACUACGACGGUUCCAGGGAGCUGAAGCGCGAUCUCAAGGCGGCAAAGUCCUAUUUUCUGGAAGUGGCCAGAGUAUACUGGGCCAAGGAUGGCAAAGAGAACAAGGAUGCCCCUCCUGGCGUUGAGCGAUUGGCUGCUAAAGCAGCCGGCUAUCUUGGCCGUAUGUUUCUUCGUGGCGAAGGCAUUGAUCAGAGCUACCAAAUUGCCGAGACGUGGUUCAAGCGCGGUGUCAAAUACGGCGACUCACUUUCCCAGUUCUCCUUGGGCAUCAUGUACCUGGAAGGGCUCGGCGUGGAAGCUGACCCCGUGAAGGCUGCCGACUACUUUGCUGCUGCUGCUGAUCAGGAUCUUCCAGCUGCACAAGUCCGCCUCGGCGCCCUCUUCUUGGACCAAGGCGAUGUCCCCGUUGCCACCAAGUACUUUGAUCUUGCGGCUCGCAACGGCCAUUUCGAAGCAUUCUACUACCUCGCAGAGCUCGCCAACCAAGGAGUCGGCCGCGAUAAGUCUUGCGGAAUGGCCGUAACAUACUACAAGAUUGUCUCCGAAAAGGCCGAGGCGGUCGUUUCGCCGAUUCGUGAGGCUAAUGAGGCAUAUGAAACUGGAGACUUGGAGAACGCUCUUAUUGGCUACAUGAUGGCCGCUGAGCAGGGUUUCGAGGCUGGGCAGGCCAACGUUGCCUAUCUCUUGGAUCAGUCCCGGCCGCGUCUAUCGCUUGACAAAUUCUUGCCUUUCGCCCAGCGUAAGGUGAAGCUUGUUGGGGAUGCCGCCCUUGCACUCAUUUACUGGACACGCUCGGCCAGGCAAUCGAACAUCGAUUCCUUGGUCAAGAUGGGUGACUAUUACCUGGACGGACUAGGCACGCCAGACGGUUCCGAUCAAGAGAAGGCGGCAGCCUGUUAUCAAGCAGCUGCGGAGACAAUGCAAAGUGCGCAAGCUUUCUGGAAUCUUGGCUGGAUGCAUGAGAACGGCAUCGGCUUGGACCAGGACUUCCACCUGGCUAAGCGAUUCUACGACCAAGCCCUUGAGACCAAUAGAGAGGCCUACUUGCCCGUCACGCUCGCACUACUCAAGCUCAGGGCAAGGAGCUGGUGGAACACCGUUACUCACGGCCGCAUCAACUCCAUCCAAGAUGAUCCCGAACCCAGUAAACCCCGGUCCCUCACUGAAUGGCUCACCACAUUCCUCGAAAACGGUGAUGCCGCUUACUUUGAGAACAUGGAAGUCGAUGACUGGGAGGACGGAACGGGCUUCGCGGACGACUACUACGAUGACAUCGACGAGAGUAUCAUUGACACACUCGUUAUUCUCGGUCUCGCCGGCGUCCUUGCUUUCCUGGUCUACUAUCGCAACCAGGCGGCGGAGCGCGCAAGGCGAUUAAGGGAGCAACAAGAGCGACUACAGCAACAGGCCGGAGGCGGUCAUCCGGGAGUUAACGGCGGGCAGGGCCAGGCUGGAGAGGAGAGACGGCAGGACGGUGCUCAAGCUGAUGGUGGAUUCUUCCCGCCGCCAGAUGACCCGAAUUUCAACGCCUGGGUUGCUGGCGGGAUCGGGCAUUGA